UCUUUCUCUCCAAACAUAAGGAGACAGUCAGUCUAGCUGAUGGAGAAAAUACGUGGUCAGCAGAACCGGAGCCAUGAGCUCACAACUCCUUCUGUCGUUUGACAUUUUUGUGGCUUUUUGAUUCAACCUGAGCACGCAGGAGGACCAGCGACACACAAACGGACAGCAAUAUACUCACUAAUAUAUUUGCAGAACAAACACAUCUGGAAAAGGAAAAAUAAAAGCAACAGCAGCAGUAGCUGAAUUGAAGACUGCAGCGACUCACUUGGAUGUUUGUUUGGCCACAGAUUUAACCUGAGCUGCUCGCUUUGGUGGGUUGGUGAGACAGCUGUUAAACAAUUUGUGAGGAAAAACUGUUUAACGGAUCACCAAUUAUAGAAUCUUCUUGAAACGCCCAGUUUUAUCAAUCACAAUGAAAGAUGAUUUUGCUGUUGAGGAGGAUGUUCAGUCAUUUGGAUAUAAGAGGUUUGGUAUACAGGAGGGAGCUCAGUGUACUAAAUGUAAGAACAAAUGGGCUCUCAAAGCUGCUGUUGUCUUGCUGUAUGUGCUGUGUACCAUCUUGACCAUCACUGUAGCAGUGCUGGGUUACAAAGUGGUCCAGAAGGUGGAUGAUGUCACUGAAGGAGUGGAAAGUUAUGGAGGAAAAAUUAUAUCCAUGGAGACAGAUAUAAAAAGUCUUGAUGAUGAGGCAAGCGUGAAGUCUGUGAGAACUUCCUCUGAGCUGCAAACAUUUAGUUCUGGAUUAUUAGCAUUGCGCCGUACACUAGCUGCAGUCACGCAGCAUGUCAACGACAAUGCUGUGACCCUCAAACAGCUACAGACCUUCUCACAGGAUGUGUAUCUGUCACAAAACCAUCUACGUUUCCAGCUGAAGGACCAAACAUCAGAGCUGCGUUUUGUGAACACCACGCUAUUUUCCAUCGCAGCCGUCACACCUGUGCUGCAGAAAAACACGGCCCGACUGCAACAUGAAGUACAAGAGAAUAUGAAUGAGCAACGCAUGCUGCAGCUUACAGUAGACCGCCUCAAUCUCACUCAGACGCGGCAAGACGCUUUUGCCUUACUGCUACAGAAUACUCUUGAGACUGCAGCCCAAAACACACAAAACAUGCGCAAUGAUGCACUAGCACUGAUGCGUGACACACAACUAGUUCGUAGUGAUGCCGACUGGCUGCGAGAAAAGAUACAAUAUGUGAAAAGAACUGAAGGCAACGCAUCAAUACAGAUUCAAAGCUCUGGAGAAGGUCUUGAGGAGUUAAGUGCUCAGCUAUCUUCCAUAUCUUCUCAGAUCUUAAAUAUUAGCAUGCUUAAUGAUGUUAACGCAGGAAACCUGCGGGUAUUACUGGACCAGCAGCUUGACUUUGGAAACCUAACUAGUGCACGCUUUGAUCAACUAGAAAAGCGACUGGACAUGAUAGAAGAAGAAGUGGACCAGGUGACGGGUAACAUUAGCUACACAACACAGCUACUCGGGGGGGUUAACAUCGAGUUGAGUCAAUUGAGGAGUUGCUCGGACACUCUCGGACGACAUUUUGACCUUCUGGUGGGUAUGAAUGGAAGUAUGGCCGAGGCGAGGACAGAUGCUUCAACACUGAGGUCUCUACAAGAUGACCUUGCGGCACGACUUGAUACAGAGGUCACCAGCCUGUCAGUCAUCAUGGAGGAAAUGAAACUGGUGGACAGCAAACACUCUCAGCUCAUCAACAACUUUACCGUAUUACAGGGUCCUCCUGGCCCGAGGGGCCCUCGUGGAAAUCAAGGUCCAACAGGUGAAGUAGGUUCUCCUGGAAUGAAGGGCGAAAGAGGAGAUAAAGGAGAGGCAGGUGUGGCUGGUCCUCGAGGAGAAAAAGGAGUGGCUGGAGCUCUUGGAUUCCCAGGGUUGAAAGGUCUGCCAGGACCACGCGGUGACCCGGGUUCCAAGGGCCCAAGAGGUUCAGGAGGACGUGCAGGCCCCCCGGGGACCAAGGGAGAGCAAGGUUCUCCGGGACUACCAGGGAGAGAUGGUCAGCCAGGACCUCAGGGUGCUCAGGGGCCAGCAGGAGUCCGGGGACCAGUGGGCCCAGCAGGAGAGCCAGGACACAGGGGCCCAACAGGCCCAAUGGGAGCCCUAGGACCACCAGGGCUACCAGGCCUCCCAGGCAAAAAUUUAGCUGUGCCUGCACUACCAGUAGUCCUGCAAAGAGAGUUGCCCAAGAUUGAUUCUCAGGCAGGUAUGGCUGGUUGUCCUCCUGGUUGGUUAAGGUUUGAAGACAGCUGCUAUUUCUUCCACAUUGAGCCAUUGAGCUUUGACAGUGCUCAACAAUAUUGCAACAAUAUGUCUUCCUCAAUGGUCAUUAUAGGUGAUGUUGAGGAACAGCGCUGGCUGCACCUUCAGACUGUGGGUAGAGGGUAUUUUUGGCUGGGACUUACAGACAGACAAGAGGAGAAUGUUUGGCGAUGGGUGGAUGGAUCAGAGCCUGUCUUUACAAAGUGGAGGCCUGGUCAGCCUGAUAACUGGAGUCAUGGACACGAGCAGGGUGAAGACUGUGUAGGAUUUACUCAUGGCGGCCAGUGGAAUGACUUUUAUUGUGAUGAACGCCACAGUCUCAUCUGUGAGAAGGCAUCGGACAGAUCUAUAUGAAUCCUUGCCAAGAUUGGAAGACAUGGUAAAAGUGGUACAUGUGAAUGUGGUGAACUCAACCUGCAUGACUGACAGGCUCAUUGCCAAAGGAACGCCAUUCUGACACAAGUAAUAUAAGACAGGAGGUACAAGCUAUAUAUAUAGGCCUAUAAACUCUAUCAUAUCAUAUAUUAUGAUAUGUAUGUCAUGUACUGUAUACACUUCCUGCCUUCUUCCUACCUAUAAAUCUCAUAAAAGGAUACUUUCUACAUUGCUUUUAAAGGGACCUAAAACUAGGGUGCAUUGAAACCCUGACAGCAGUCAUGUGAAAGGGACCUUAUGGGGCUUUUUAAUCAAGGAUCAGCCAUUGGCUCCUAUUUGGAACCACUAUUCCUAGGUUUUAGGCAAUAGACAGUUGAAAAAAAAAAAAAAAAUACUAUGGUGUUCUGAACCACAAACUUUCUUAAAACGAAUCAGCUUUAAAACAAUUUCUGUAAAAUUAAAAAGGAUUUGAUGUAUUUUUUGGCUAAUUUUACAUAUUUGGAAACAUGUAGAAUAUUUUAAUAAAGUAUAGGUGAAAAACUAUCCUGAAACCCUCAUAUACAUAAAUAUAUAUAUACAUGUAAAAAAAAAAAAAAAAAAAGUAUAUUUUUGUAUAUAACAUUUUCAUGUAUUUGAAUAUGAGAGAAUCGCUCUGUUCCCAAGCCUACUGAGGUGCCUACAUAGAUAGCAUUUUAUGGUAUUAUAUUAUAUAUAACAUGUUUUAUACUUCUGAGAAACUGAAUUGUACUUUUAAUACUUGUACUCCUAAUUAUACUUCUAUAUUAUAGUGUAUUAUGGGAGUUUCUUUAACUUUUAUCACUGUGGACUUCUAGAAAGUAAAGUCUCGUUAAAAGAAAUUCAUACUCUCACUUGUUUAUUUAGUUUGUCUACUAACAAUGUCCAACAAUGUGUUCAUGCAUCUUAGGAGAUUGCCUUUUUUCUUCUUUUUUUUUCUUCUUAAAUUCUUAAAAUUAAUAGCUUGUUGUGCCACCUUUAGCAGCAACCAUUACAAUCAAACGCUUCCGAUAACUGGAGAUCAGUCUUUCACAACGCUGUGCUGGAAAGCUACAUUGGAGGGUUUUCGAGCAUGAACUGCCUGUUUAAGGUCCUGCCACAGCAUCUCAAUCAUGUUCAAGUCAGGACUUUGACUAGGCCACUCCAAAACUUUAAUUUAGCUUCUUUUGGGCCAUUCAGAGGUGGACUUACUCCUGUGCUUUGGAUCAUUGUCUUGCUGCAUAAUCCAGUUGCGCUUGAGCUUCAACUCACGGACUGAUGACUGGACGUUCUCCUUUUAGGAUUUUCUGGUAGAGAGCAGAAUUCAUGUUUCCCUCAAUUAUUGCAAGACGCCCUGAAGCAGCAAAGCAUCCCAACACCAUCACACUACCACCACCAUGCUUGACCGUAGGUAUGAUGUUCUUUUUGUUGAAUUCUGUGGUUGAUAUACGCCAGAUGUAACGGGACUCCUGUCUUCCAAACAGUUCCAGUUUCGACUCAUCAGUCCACAGAACAUUCUCCCAAAACCUUUGAGGAUCAUCAAGGUGUGUUUUGGCAAAAUUCAGACAAGCCUUAAUGUUCUUCUGGGUUAGCAGUGGUUUUCGCCUCGCCACUCUUCCAUGGAUGCCAUUUUUGGCCAGUGUCUUUCUGAUAGUGGAGUCAUGAACAGUGACCUUUAUUGAUGCGAGAGAGGCCUGCAGUUCCUUGGAUGUUGUACUUGGCUCUUUCUAAGUCGUCGCUGUGCUCUUGGAGAAAUUUCAGAAGGUCGGCCACUUCCAGGAAGGUUCACUACUGUGCCAAGUGUUCUCCAUUUGGAGAUAAUGGCUCUCACUGUGGUUCUUUGGAGUCCCAGAGCCUUUGAAAUAGCUUUGUAACCCUUCCCAGACUGAUGUAUUUCAAUCACCUUUUUCCUCAUCAUUUCUGGAAUUUCUUUCGACCUUGGCAUAGUGUGUUACUGGGUGAGACCUUUUAGCUAACUUCAUGCUGCUGAAAAACUUCUAUUUAGGUGUUGAUUUGAUUGAACAGGUCUGGGUGUGUCUAGUCCAGCUGAACCCCAUUAUCAAUGCAGUUUCAUAGACUUGGGGAUUUAGUAACUAGUACUUUUACAAAUACUUUUUCACACAGGCCCAGUUGGUAUUGGAUAACUUUUUUGCUUCAAUAAAUAACAUUAUCAUUCAAAAACUGUAUUUUGUGUUUACUCAGAUUGCCUUUGUUUUAUGCUAGAUUUUGUUUGAAUUUGAAACAAUUUAGUAUGAGAUAUACACACAAACGGAAGUAACCAGAUACUUUUUCACAAGAGGUUCCAUUGCAGUUAGGGAGCUCCCUUAGAAGGCAGCUGGCUGUGUAGGCAGCUCACUAUUGUUUGGAACAGAGCCAAUAAAUAAAUGAUUUUCAGACAUUGUAUGGAUUAUAUGACACAAAUGAUCUCAGACACAUAACCUCUCCACCUACACCUAAAUCAUAAUUGCAGCCUACC